AUGGUCGGCUCGCACGUGGACAUGGCUCCAGCCGCCACCUCCGAGGGCGCAGGCGAGAAGCCCGGCCCCGCUGCCCCAGCCCCCGUGGCGCAGUACGAGUGUGGCGAGUGCGGGAAGGCCUUCCGCUGGUCCUCGCGCCUCCUGCACCACCAGCGCACGCACACGGGUGAGCGGCCCUACAAGUGCCCGGACUGCCCCAAGGCCUUCAAGGGCUCGUCGGCGCUGCUUUACCACCAGCGCGGCCACACGGGCGAGCGGCCCUACCAGUGCCCGGACUGCCCCAAGGCCUUCAAGCGCUCGUCGCUGCUGCAGAUCCACCGCAGCGUGCACACGGGCCUGCGCGCCUUCACCUGCGGCCAGUGCGGCCUGGCCUUCAAGUGGUCCUCGCACUACCAGUACCACCUGCGCCAGCACACGGGCGAGCGGCCCUACCUGUGCCCGGACUGCCCCAAGGCCUUCAAGAACUCGUCCAGCCUGCGCCGCCACCGGCACGUGCACACGGGCGAGCGGCCCUACGCCUGCGCCGUGUGCGGGAAGAGCUUCACGCAGAGCACCAACCUGCGGCAGCACCAGCGUGUGCACACGGGCGAGCGGCCCUUCCGCUGCGCGCUCUGCCCCAAGACCUUCACGCACUCGUCCAACCUGCUGCUGCACCAGCGCACGCACGGCGCCCCGGCCAACCCCGCGCCAGGCCCCGCCGGCCCCCAGCCCCGCUGCGAGCCCUGCGGCAAGGUCUUCGCCUCCGAUGCCUUCCUCCAGCAGCACCUGCAGACCCACCCCGCGCCCGCGCCCGCACCCGCCGUCCCAGAGCUCUUCCUGGCCGCCGCCGAGACCACGGUGGAGCUGGUGUUCCGCUGUGAUGGCUGCGAGCUGGGCUUCGGCAGCGAAGAGCUGCUCCUGCAACACCAGCCCUGCCCGGGCCCCGAGGCUGCGCCCCCAGCCUCGGACGCGCCCACCACCGCUGCCGCAGCCCCGGCAGUGCCCCAGCCUGACACGCCGCCUCCCGAGCUGUCCCCGGCCUCAUCCUCGGCCCUGCCUCCCCCCUCGGCGCCGGCCGCCCCCAGCUUCGCCUGCCUGCCCUGCGGCAAAUCCUUCCGGACCGUGGCUAGCCUCUCGCGCCACCAGCACAGCCACGGCGCGGCCGGCGGCCAGGCUUUCCGCUGCGGCAGCUGCGACGGGGCGUUCCCGCAGCUGGCCAGCCUCCUGGCGCACCAGCAGUGCCACGUGGAGGAGGCGGCCGCCGGGCGUCCUCCCCCGCAGGCCGAGGCGGCCGAGGUCACCUGCCCGCAGGAGCCUCCGCCGCUCCCGGCCUCUGCGGUGUCGGCCGAGCGGCCCUACAAGUGUGGCGAGUGCGGCAAGGCCUUCAAGGGCUCCUCGGGGCUGCGCUACCACCUGCGGGACCAUACGGGCGAGCGGCCCUACCAGUGUGGCGAGUGCGGCAAGGCCUUCAAGCGCUCGUCGCUGCUGGCCAUCCACCAGCGCGUGCACACGGGCCUGCGCGCCUUCACCUGCGGCCAGUGCGGCCUCACCUUCAAGUGGUCUUCGCACUACCAGUACCACCUGCGGCUGCACUCUGGCGAACGGCCGUACGCCUGCAGUGAGUGCGGCAAGGCCUUCCGCAACACGUCGUGCCUGCGCCGCCACCGGCAUGUGCACACAGGCGAGCGGCCACACUCGUGCGCAGUGUGUGGGAAGAGCUUCGCGCAGACGUCCAACCUGCGGCAGCACCAGCGUGUGCACACGGGCGAGCGGCCCUUCCGCUGUGCGCUCUGCCCCAAGACCUUCACGCACUCGUCCAACCUGCUGCUGCACCAGCGCACGCACUCAGCCGAGCGCCCCUUCGCCUGCCCGGUCUGCGGCCGCGGCUUCGUCAUGGCCGCCUACCUGCAGCGUCAUCUACGGACCCACACCCCAGCCAACCCUGCCCCUGGCCCCGCCCCCCCCGCCCCGCCCGCCCCUCUGGCCGCAGCCCCCGCCCCACCUGCCACGCAGGACGUCCACGUGCUCCCGCACCUGCAGGCCACCCUCUCCCUGGACCUUGCAGGAAGCGCAGUGCAGGCCCAGUCCCUGGGCCCCACCACCCCCAAUUCCCAGACAUUCCUCCUGGUGCAGACAGCCCAGGGCCUCCAGCUGAUUCCCAGCAGUGUCCAGCCCCCUGCGCCGCCACCACCACCGCCCCCCAAGCUCAUCCUGCUGCCUCCCCCCAGCGCCAGUGGGGGCUGCGGCCGGGCCAGGCAGAAGCCUCAGGUGGUGGGGAAGGCACCGGGCGCAGGUGUGGUCUGGCUGCCCGGCACUGGGGGGCUGGGGGUGCAGGGAGGGGGUUGCCCUGCGAGCAGCGGGGCGGGGCAGAGCCUCAUCGUCUUACAGAACGUGGGCAGUGGGGAUGCUGGAGCGCAGGAAAUCAGUGGUGUCCAGCUUCAGCCCUUGCGGCCAGCCCAGGAAGUGACUACGGUCCAGCUCCAGCCAGCCCAAGAGGUGACCACGGUCCAGCUCCAGCCGGCCCAAGAGGUGACCACGGUCCAGCUCCAGCCAACCCAGGAGGUGACCACGGUCCAGCUGCAGCCCGUGGCGGGUCAGCUCCCCAAUCCCAGUGGGGGCACCGUGACGGCUGAGACCUCCAACCUGCUGGUGGUUCAAAGUGGGGCCACAGAGAAUCUGCUUGCAGGCACCGGCCCAGGGGAGGCGGGGGACGGAGAGGCCGGCACUGGCGUGGUCCAGGAUGUCCACUUUGAGACCCUGCAGACGGACGAGGGCCUGCAGAGUGUCCUCGUGCUGAGUGGGGCGGACGGGGAGCAGACUCGUCUGUGCGUGCAGGAGGUGGAGACGCUCCCUGCAGGGCUGACAGAGCCCUCGGCCCCCGGCCCCUCAGGCCAGAAGCUCCUCAUCAUCCGCAGCGCCCCGACCACCGAAUUGCUGGACAACAGUGGCGUGGCGGGCAGCGGUGCCACGCUGCAGCUCCUGGCCCCACCCCCACCGGGGCCGUUGCCUGCGCCUGCGCCCCUCCCCUCGGCACCCACUCCCCAGGUGGUCCAGGUGGUCGGUGCCGCCCCGGGGGCCACGACCCCGCAAGGCCUGCCGGCCAUCCAGAUUGUGCACACCCUGCCCGCGGUCCAGCUCGUACACACCUUCUGA